AUGACCAAAGAAAUCUUCAGUUGUACUGCUUGUUCUGACUUGUAUGACCCUGAUUCUCCAUCGAAUGCCAUCGAUUAUGCUCAACUAGCCACAUUUGUCUUUCCCAGAGACAAGGACGAGUCACACACUCACUCCAACGAUCAUGCAGUUUUGGAAUCCGAAGAAGACGUAAUCACCCAUCAAGAUUUAUUUAUUGAGCAGGAAGAGGAAAUCUCUACUUACUUGGAAUUAGAUUUUUCAUCAGAAGAUGAAGACAACAACUCUCAUCAACAAGAAGAACUCUGCGUUUCUCAAGACUCUCCUAUCGAUGAAUGUGUUCGAAUUCCAAACGAUUCGAACAUGUGUUUGACGUAUCCAAACUCUCUCACUCUUUUUUUGACACUUUUUUUGAUUGGGCUCCAAAGGAUGAGUAAUGAUACCCUCCUCACUCUGUUGACAGCAAUAUUGUUCGUGGUCAUUCUCUCAAUUUCUGAACACCAAUCGAGGACGAAUAUCUCCCUUUCAAAAGCAAACGUCAACUUGUUGAUUCUUAAAAGAGAACAAACUUUGCAAAGUUAA